UUGGACGGAGGGAGUAUAUAUUGUUCCUAUAUUAGUUUUAUCCCGUAGAAAUUAUCUAAGACACCGAUCACAUUUCAUAGCUGUGUCGAGAGAAAGACUAGUAGCAAGAGCAAAAUGAUGAUCAACUAAUCGUAUCUUUAUCACCUUACACGGUCAAUCAUGAGUUUUUUUGUGUUAUGGAUGUUUGUUGCUAGUAUGGUCAAUUCAGGGUCUUUUUGCCUCAAUGGAUUGAGCUACACUGAUGAUCAAAAUGGUCCAAAUUAUACAUUCCUUCAUGAAGCAACGUCAGCCCCAGCUAUAUCAUAUUACCAUUACAUUAUAAUUGGAGGAGGAGCUGCCGGUUGUCCACUAGCUGCAACUCUUUCGUCGAAAUAUAAUGUCCUGUUAAUAGAAAGAGGAGGAUCCCCUUACGGAAAUCCUAACAUAACCAAUUUGAGUUCAUUUCGUAAUAUUACUCUUGCAGACCUCUCUUCAACUUCCCUUUCCCAGCGUUUCAUAUCUGAAGAUGGUGUAAUUAAUUCGCGUGCAAGAGUUUUAGGCGGCGGAACUUCCGUAAAUGCUGGAUUUUACUCGCGUGCUGAGCCAAAGUAUGUUAAGGAUUCAAGUUGGGAUGAUAAACUAGUAAAUGAAUCUUAUGAAUGGGUGGAAAAACUCGUCGUAUGCAAGCCAAAAGUUGAAGCUUGGCAAUCUGCAGUCCGAGACGGAUUGCUAGAAGUUGGUGUGUUACCAAAUAAUGGAUUUACGUUUGAUCAUGUUAAUGGCACUAAAAUUGGUGGUACCAUGUUUGAUCAGAAUGGGCAUAGACAUACUGCGGCGGAUUUGCUUCGAUAUGCAAAUCCUAAAAGGCUCACUGUUCUUCUCCAUGCUACUGUCAGUAGGGCUUUGUUUAGUUCAAAAGGAAAACAAAAGCCAGUUGCUUAUGGAGUGAUAUUCACUGAUAAAUCUGGUAUGAAACACAAAGCAUAUUUGAAGCAAGAAGGGUUAGGAUUCAUGAAGAACGAGAUCAUAUUGUCAUCCGGUGCAUUGGGAAGUCCUCAAUUGUUAAUGUUGAGUGGUGUUGGACCAGCUGAUCACUUGAGAUCCCUGAACAUUACAGUUGUGGUUGAUCAACCUCUUGUUGGUCAAGGGAUGUCUGACAAUCCUAUGAAUGGAAUCUUCGUCCCUUCUCCUACAGAAGUUGAGGUAUCACUCGUUCAAGUUGUUGGUAUUACUGAGUUUGGGAAUUACAUUGAAGCAGCUAGUGGCGGAAAUUCUACUGUAUUUAAUGGUGGGAUCAUAUUUGAGAAAGUCAUCGGUCCAUUAUCCACUGGCCAUCUUGAGCUCAAAACCAAGAACCCAAAUGCCAACCCUCUUGUCACUUUCAACUACUUCAAAGAACCCAGAGACCUCCAGCGGUGUGUUAAUGGUGUUAAAACAAUUGAAAAGGUAAUAGCAUCCAAGGCAUUCUCUAAAUUCAGGUUUGAUAGUAUCUCCUUCCAGACACUACUCAACUUAACUUCGAGUUUUCCCAUAAACUUGGUACCCAAAACUGGAAAUGACUCGACAUCGUUGGAGCAGUUCUGCAAAAAUACCGUGACGACUUUAUGGCACUAACAUGGAGGAUGUCAAGUUGGUAAGGUUAUUGAUCAGAAUUAUAAGGUUCUUGGUGUUGAUUCUCUGAGAGUUAUUGAUGGAUCGACAUUCAUCGACUCUCCUGGCACAAAUCCUCAGGCUACAACUAUGAUGCUUGGAAGGUAUAUGGGAAUCAAGAUUCUGAACGACAGACGAUUACAUCUAGAUGGAACUACGGAAACGUAACUAAUGAUUGAAUUAAUUAAGCUGUAUACAGAAGUAGUAUACGAUCAAAAUCGAUUAAUCUUUAUAAUAUGUAUCAUCGUCUAUGCGUGUUUUGUUUAAAGUUUUCCGCGGAGAAGUUUAUGGUGGAGUAUGCUACCAUUUACUGUUUGGUGGACCGUUUGGAAAUAAAUCUAGAUAUUUGAA